CGAGGGCGGCGCCCAGGCGCCCGCCGUCCGGGAGGCAGGAUGAGCAUCGAAAUCCCAGCGGGACUGACGGAGCUGUUGCAGGGCUUCACGGUGGAGGUGCUGAGGCACCAGCCCGCGGACCUGCUGGAGUUCGCGCUGCAGCACUUCACGCGCCUGCAGCAGGAGAACGAGCGCAAAGGCGCCGCGCGCUCGGGCCAUGAGGGCAGGACCUGGGGGGACGCGGACGCAGCUGCCGGGGGUGGCACCCCCAGCAAAGGGGUCAACUUCGCCGAGGAGCCCAUGCACACCGACUCCGAGAACGGGGAGCAGGAGGAGGAGGAGGAGGCCGCGGACACCGGGGCGUUCAAUGCUCCAGUAAUAAACCGAUUCACGAGGCGUGCCUCAGUAUGUGCAGAAGCUUAUAAUCCUGAUGAAGAAGAAGAUGAUGCAGAGUCCAGGAUUAUACAUCCAAAAACUGAUGAUCAAAGGAACCGAUUACAAGAGGCUUGCAAAGACAUCCUGCUGUUUAAGAACCUGGAUCCGGAGCAGAUGUCUCAAGUAUUAGAUGCCAUGUUUGAAAAAUUGGUCAAAGAAGGGGAACAUGUAAUCGAUCAAGGUGAUGAUGGUGACAACUUUUAUGUAAUCGAUAGAGGAACAUAUGAUAUUUAUGUAAAAUGUGAUGGUGUUGGAAGAUGUGUUGGUAACUACGAUAAUCGUGGGAGUUUCGGUGAACUGGCCUUAAUGUACAAUACACCCAGAGCAGCCACAAUCACUGCUACCUCUCCAGGUGCUCUGUGGGGUUUGGACAGGGUAACCUUCAGAAGAAUAAUUGUAAAAAAUAAUGCCAAAAAAAGAAAAAUGUAUGAAAGCUUUAUUGAGUCACUGCCAUUCCUUAAAUCUUUGGAAGUUUCUGAACGCCUGAAAGUGGUAGAUGUGAUAGGCACCAAAGUAUACAAUGAUGGAGAACAAAUCAUUGCUCAGGGAGAUUUGGCUGAUUCCUUUUUCAUUGUAGAAUCUGGAGAAGUGAAAAUUACUAUGAAAAGGAAGGGUAAAUCAGAAGUGGAAGAGAACGGUGCAGUAGAAAUCGCUCGGUGUUCUCGGGGACAGUACUUUGGAGAACUCGCUCUGGUAACUAACAAACCUCGAGCAGCGUCUGCACACGCCAUUGGGACUGUCAAAUGUUUAGCCAUGGAUGUGCAAGCAUUUGAAAGGCUUUUGGGACCUUGCAUGGAAAUUAUGAAAAGGAACAUCACCACCUAUGAAGAACAAUUAGUUGCCCUGUUUGGAACAAACAUGGAUAUUGUUGAACCUACUGCAUGAAGCAAAAGUAUGGAGCAAGAAGACCUAUAGUGACAAAAUUACACAGUAGUGGUUAGUCCACUGAGAAUGUGUUUGUGUAGAUGCCAAGCAUUUUCUGUGAUUUCAGGUUUUUUCCUUUUUUUACAUUUACAAUGUAUCAGUAAACAGAGUAGUGAUUUAAUAGACAAUAGGCUUUAACAUCAGUUUCUAAAGAGUAGAUCAUAAAAAUAUUGACAUACUGAUAAAAUGAUUUUCUACUCCACAAAAUUAUUUGAGAGGUUUAUUCAAGUAAUUGUAAUAUACUGAAAGUAUCUGUGUUUAAGAAGAUAAGGAUGUUAUCAUAGGUAAUAUGUAUUUGUUCUGACUUACUCAGAUUGAUAUGUUAGUGACUAUACCCAUGUAAGAGGGAACCUGGCAAUGAAUCAUGCUAAACAGCAUGGCAUCACAUUCUUUUUACAACUCAUAUAUAUAGUAAGUACAAUUUUAAUUAUUUUUGUUUUAAAGUUUUUCUGGCUUGAUAAGUUAUGUGCUGACCUUGGCCUAUUGAUGAAAUGGUAUAAAACAUCAUAUGCAAUUUUAAAACCUUUUAUAUUUUUUGCAAUAAAGUACAUUUUGACUUCUUUGGCAUAAUGUCAGUAAACUACAUAGUUCAGUGGUUUUAAGGGCAGGCAAUUUAGUCAUUGUAAUACAGUCUUUUUGAGAUGAGAGAUCAUUAACACUUUUUCUUCAUAAAGCAUAUAUCUCUGCUCCCUUUUUCAUGUGCAAUUCUCUUUAUCUUUAAAAUUUUGAGUUUAACAUUUAAUGCCACAAAGUUUUUUUUUUUUUAAAAAGCUACUUAAAUUUACUUGUUGUCUUCUAAAAUCUUAUACAUACUACAAAAAAAAAAAAAAAAGCCUAAAAUCUUAUACUACCAAAAAAAAAAAAAAACAAGAAACAAACAAACAAAACCUUCUAUACCAAAAAUAAUUUGGGGGCCUUAUCAGGAUAUUUCAGGCCCACAGGAUAUUUCUUUGUUCUUCACUAGGUGUCCAUAAUACAGUCCUUUCAGACAUCUGAAUCAUGGGGUUCCUCCAAGGUGGUAGGAAAUAAAUUUUUAUCAGCAAAACCAUAUACAAAGAUAAAAGGAAUUUCUGCCUACUCCACAUACACCAUUCAGGCAUUGCCAUUUGCUUUGAUGUACACUCACAGUUAAAAGUGCAGAAUGAACUCAACCUUUAUAGGUUUUCAUUGAUAACAGAUAUGCUUAUUAUUCGGCACAUAACAUGAAUUUUAUUCGACCAAAGCAAUAUAGUUUGACAUAAUUUCUAGCCUACAUGAUCCCAAUGUCUAGAGAAAUUAAUUCUAACCAGUUCACUUUUAAAUGAGCAAUUCCAUUUUGGGAAACAUGUUUUAAAGAAAUAUAUACAUGGGUAAAAUUAUUCUGUUGCUACUGUGGUCUCAUUAGAGGAUGUUUAUGGUCUUAUAUAAUGAAAAUGUUAAAAUGUGUUAAUUAGAUAAUGUAUAUAUAAACAGUUAAAGUCUGUAAAGUAUAACUUCAGCCACAUUUUAAAACAGUUUAACAAUUUUGUAAACUUUCUUGUAGGAAGAGAGCUUACUACAUGAAGAUGACUUGUUUUUUAUUUUAAAAGCCAUGUCUGUUAAACAGGAAAAAACACACGGAACCCCAAAUUUCUGGCUCAUCAUUCUGUAUUCUUUAUUCACUUUUUAAAGUUACCUGUUUUGUUGUAUAAGCUGAUUGUUGACUAUUCAUGGAAUAGCAAAAAAUGCCUGUUUAAUAAGGAACUCUGACCAAGGCUGUAAAUGCCGGUUACAUUAUUUUCAGUAUUGUUGGUUAUAUUUAAAUUUUCCUUAUAAUAAAGCACACUUUUAUAAUAAA